CGUCCGACUUUACGUUUCAUCAUACACCAGCAGCUGUAAUACAACAGCCGCGGUCGUGUGGCUCGUUAGUUCGUUUCUUCAUCGUUUUAACCUUUUAGCUUCUCUUUAACGUUAGCUGCUGCUGCUAGCCUGGGUUACCAAGAGUGUGCUGUGAAUGAACGUUUCUCAUUCUGCCUGCAGGGACUGUUGUUCUCACCGUGUUAAUGCUGUUACUCAUUCAAGUUGUCGUAACUCAGCAUGUCUGCAUCCGUGUGUAGGUGCCAUGGACGUGGUAUCUCACUCAUGAACACUGACAGCACGUCCAUGUACACCACCGGGUCGCUGUGUUCAUUUUAUGUUGCAGACGGAUUCUGAUGAGGACGUGAUCUUUGUGGCUGAAAAGUCUGCACCUACAUUUAUUAAUAUCACCUUUGACCAGACAAAGCGACUGGCCCUGCAAAGAGACAUUGAUCAGCAGUCCCAGCCCAAGCAGGUAGUCAAACCCUUGACAGGCCAAACGUCUGUUUCUGUAGAGAGACCAGUGGAAAGGGUUCAAAUGAAGAUGGAGGAAGAGAAGAGUGAGGAGAAUUUUGUGAAGAAGAAGAAACCCAAGAAAGGACAAGCCUCUCUGCCUAGAGCUGAUGAUGCUGUUGACAAUGAGAGCCUUGCAGGGAUGAAAAAAGAAAAGAAGAAGAUAAAAAAAGUUGAUUCAGUGGUUAUAGAUAUAGAAGAAGAGUCUCGGGAUGGAGGUGGUGAAAAGGAAAAGAAUAAGAAAAAGAAGAGGAAAUUUGUCACAGAGUCUUUGAAUGAUGCCAAUGGUUCUGAUCUCAAGAAUGAAAAUGACAACGACGUUAUCAAGAAGAAGAAGAAGAAGCAGCUGGCUGAAGAUGAGAAUCAAGUGGAAACUGAACAGAGUUCAGUAAAGGAAGAAGAUGUGGAAAAGAAACUGAAGAAGAAGGAGAAAGUAAAAACAAAGUCUGUACAAACUAAACCCGAACAUGUAAAGAUAGAGAAAGAGGAGGAAGAACAGCAAGCUGGAAAGGAUAAACUGCCAAAGAAAGACAAGAAGGGAAAAAACAACAUUUUAGUUCUAAGCACAGAGGAGACUGAGGAGCAUGUUAAAGAGAAGAAGAAGAAGAAGAAGAAGAAGAAAACCACUGAUGAGGAAACUGCUGAAGGUAUGGAUGGAGUGAGUGUAACAAAAAAUAAAAAUAAAGCUAAAACAAAAGUGGCUGAGAAUGAAGUGAAGCUAGAAACACCAGAGCGAGAGAUGAGUGAGGAAGUAAAAGUGAAAAAGAAGAAAAAGAAAGAAACUAAAACUGUAGAAGAUGAAAAUGCAGCAGGAACAGGAGACAGUACGCUCAACAACAAGAGAGACAAAUCCACAAAGAGUGAGAAUGUUAUUGUAGAGGAAGAGAAGACAGAGCUAAAGAAAAAAGGAAAAAAAGAAAAGAGUAAAAAAGUUUCUGUGGAGGUUGGCGAAGUAGAGACAGAGCCAAAGAAGAAGAAAAGGAAAAAGGAUGAGUCAAAGGGAGAGGAGGAAGAAUGCGAAGAAGCUGAGGAGCGGAGUAAGGAAACUGUCACCACAGCACCUGGGGACACCACGAACAAGAAAAGGAAGAAGAUUUCCAUUAAGGUGGAAACACAGGUGGAGAAUGUGAGUUUUGAAACUGGUGCAAAAAAGAAGAGGAAGAAGAAGAUUAAAGAAGAGGUGGAAGACCAGCGUGAGUCACCCCAAGUGGACGUGGUGUUCCUGUCAGAGAAAUCUGGAAACACUGAUGAGGUCACCAUCAACCAGGAAAGAAGACAGGCUUUACAAAUGGAGAUUGACCACGCCUCUCAACCUAAAAAAACAACCAAACCUCUGGGUUUCGGCCAGUGGAGCACCGCUCAGUUCGACAACUCUGACCAGCAGCAGAAGUUCCUCCGGCUGAUGGGUGGCUUCAAAAAGGGUUUCCAGCCGGCUGCGGGGAGCACUGGAGGAGCAAACAUGGCACUGGGGAAGGAUGCACAGCAGCAGUUGCAGCAAGGGCUCAUGGGAGAGUUUGAACGCGCUCAGUCACGCAGAUUAGACUUCAGUGGCAGGGGCGCAGGACUCGGAUUCAGUGCACCAUCCAAUAAGAAGUUCUCCAUCGACAUCAAUACAUGUCGAUCAGUUCGCUUUGAUGACUGAUCUAAGUGUGUGUGCGUUUGUAGAGAUGUGUGUAUGGUUGUACAAGUUAGGUUUUUUUUUUUGUAUGUGCAGUUUUAACUGUAGUAACUCAGGUUCACAACAGACUAUUAUUCUGACUUGUAUAUAGAUCAGUAUUAGAGAAUGAACAGACAACACAUUUGUACAUAUUGUAUAUUAAACAUCCUUCUGCUUGAGGAGCUGGACUGUGAGAUUGUUAUUGUGAUUUCAGUAGGUCAUUGUUCUGCAGGAUUUUCAGUCCCACUGUGUGAGCUAACACAUCCGCUGUAUGUUUUAGAUCCAGAGUGAGAACAUGACAAGAACACUUUUCUGAAACUGUUUUCUUAAAUUCUGAAGACUUUUUGAUCCUGUUACUUUCAGUGACCACAACCAUAACAUGCAGUUAGGUGGCACACUGAUUUUACCCAUACUGUUUUCCUCACACACAUUCAAGUAUUUUUCCUGAUGGAUGAUAGUAAGGAUGUUAAGCAGUGUGCUGAGAGAAUACUGGCAGCAUUUUUGUGUUUGAGGUAAUUUCUUAAUAAGGCGAUUUCCCUCCAGUCCAAUAGAUGAGCAGUUAAAAUUACAAUUUGUGACUUAAACUUUUAUUACUAAAUACAAAAGCACAUCCCUUAAAUUGAUAGAGGACACAUGAUGGUGGUUUUGAUAGUCAUUUUAUUCCAAUCUUGCACAUGAAUUACAUCUGUAAAGUGAAAGAAGAAUAAGAAAAAUCAAAGUACACUUUACUUCAAAGAUAAAAUGGGAACUGCUUGCUUGCUGUAGGCUCAUAAGCUUUUACUUUUGAUAAUGUGCUGGACAAAAAAAAAUUGACUAUCACAUGUUGUACUUCAAUAUUCCGUGCAUGGUAGCUGUUGUAAUUCUGAUUGAACGUUAGGCUCCAAAUCACAUUAAUUUCCCUUUUAAAUUGUGUCCAUCAGCUUACUUAAGACUGGAAAAGUUGGAAAGGAGCUACAACAAACCAGCCUGCGGAGAUUAAAAUGUCUUUCAACUAAAUGAAUCUUUUUAUCACUUUUAUGGACAAGGCAUUAAAAAAACAAAAAAACAAACAUACAGCCCCACA